GGGUCCUCGGUUGAAGGACCCCAUGGGAGAGGUAAACAUUAAGAGGCGCUGCGAUAACUGACGUCUCUCCAUUGAUUUUAUUUGAAUAAAUCUUACUCGCAGCAUCGUGAAAGUGCCCAGGAAGAGAUGGCAGAAGAUAAUGAGCUGGAAAAGCGUGCAAUAGAGGAGCUCCUCAAGGAGACUGACAGAGCUCGGGUGAGAGCAGAGACCAUGGGCCCCGCAGGAUGGCUGAAAUGCCCACUGCGGAGCACCAACAAACGCUUCCUCCUCAACACCCUGCGCUCCACCGGCCUGCAGCGCCGCGCCAGCGAGCCCAGAGCCGGACACUCCUCCACAAGAGGGCGCCUGAGGAGCGAGUCCCCGGACAGAAGCCGCGACCGCAGCAGAACACCUCCCAGAGACCACAGGAGUAAAGGGGGCCGCACAGACCACAAGCAUCACCACAGGGACAAAACCAAAGAUAAGAAAAUGGACCACAGGGACAAGGACAGACGAUACAGACACAGAGACGACAAAGACAAGAGACACGCUGAUGGACGGAGCAGAGACAAAGACCGACACAGGCCCCAUGACUAAAAUACUGGUAGUGGUGGAGCGCUACUUCUCCAGAGAUCUCAGGGAGUGCAGAUGUGGACUAAGACUUUAUCUUCCUGCUGAUUAAAAAAAAAACCUAACCAAUUCUUCUUCACAUACAGAGGAGGUGGACAACUGCCCUACACAUUAUAAACUUUUGAGGUUACAGUAGGUUUAGUUCCCGCUAGAUUGCACGUAGCCAAGAUAGAACAUUUUUAUUCUUCUGGCUUUUCGCUAAAGUGUGAAUUAAUCUGAAAUCAAGCAUCCCGGAAACCCUUUCUCGACCAACAUAUCUGUUUCCCUCCCCAUGUGUUUCGGUGUUCCAUACAGUAAAGGAGGCUUGAUUUCAA